AUGCGGCGCCCUAGGCGGCUCCCACCCUGCACAGGCAGCAGCUGCUCUCCACCCAACUCACCCACAGCUAAGCUAAUUCCCGUCCUCUCCUCCCUUCUCUCUGUCCUGAUCUUCCCCCUCUCGUCCCAGCAGGUCGCUCUCACGGGAGUGGCAGUGGGGGGGGAUAUGGAGUGCACAGGCAGCAGGUGCUCUCCACCCAACCCACCCACAGCUAAGCUAAUCCUCUGCUCGCCUGUCCUCCCCACAACAGAGGAGGGAGCAGAGUGGCUAUGCGUGUGCACACAGGCUGUGGCUGUGGCCCUCCCUUUCCCCUCUCCGCCCUGCCUGUGGAGGGGAGGGGCGGGGGUCAACACCGACGCUUCCUCACGCCCCUCCCCUGUGGCUGUACAGGUACCCGUGGGGAUGGGAGGGAGGCAGCACUGCCAGUCGUUGCCACAAGGGAGAGUAUCGGGGUGGGCUUGGCCUCUCAAGUGGCCCCUCCCUGCUCUCGCCUUGCAAUCUCUCUUCUCGCUCUUGCACUCUCACCAUUCCUCCCCUCGCUGCCCACUGACCAGCUCUGCGUGUGCCUUGCAGGUGGGGGGAGGGGCGGGGGUCAACACUGACGCUCCCUCACGCCCCUCCCGGGUGGCCGUGCAGGUACCCGUGGUGAUGGGAGGGAGGCAGCACUGCCAGUCGCUGCCACAAGGAAGAGUAUCGGCUCUGCCAGUCGCUGCCAUAAGGGAGAGUAUCGGGCAACAUGGCGCUCUGCAUGGGUGUGGUAGGAAGAGGAAAGAGGCAUGGGGUGAAGGGGAGAGUGGGGAGGCGGUGGGAAGCAUGGGAGCAAGUGGGCAGGUCACUCUCUCAGGGGCAGCAUCCUCUAGGGAUGUGCCUUGCGGGUCGGGGUGUGGUGGGUGGAAUCUGCGCGGCACGGCACUCGGUGCUCAACUCCUGGGGGUGCUGUUUCCGAAGGGGAGUGGGCUGUCUGCUGCUCCUACUGCUGGCAGGUAUGGAGGGGAGGGGUUGGGUGGGUUGGGUGGUGAUGGUGGUGAUGGGGUGAUGGUGGUGAUGGGGUGA